GCUGCUGGGAGCGGCCGCGGAGCGAUAGAGCAGCGCCUGAGCAUGGCCUCACAGAAGGACCCAGAUGAGAUCUGGGAGGAGAUGCAGCACCCAGAGAGUAAGAUGGAGCAGGCAAAGUGCAGUCUGAAGAAAGAAGAGGAGAAAGAUUUCAAGACAGAGGAUGACAACGAUGAGGGGACUGAUGACUCUGGUGAUGUUGAGUAUGAGGAGGAGGAAUUUGAGGGGGAUGAAUUCACGUUAGCCAGCUCUGUGCCAGUCAAGCAGCUGCUUCAGUGCCCUGAAUGUGGGCAGAGAUUCACACAGUGCUCACAGCUCAUUGACCACUGCCGAGCCCAUACCAGUGAGAAGCCCUUCAGCUGUGCUGACUGUGGCAAGAGCUUCACAAGGCACUCACAACUCAUUAUCCACCACCGAACCCACACUGGAGAGAAACCCUUCAGUUGUGCUGUCUGUGGCAAAAGCUUCACACAGCGCUCACAGCUCGUUGUCCACCACCGAACCCACACUGGAGAGAAGCCCUUCAGCUGUGCUGUCUGUGGCAAGAGCUUCACGGUGCGCUCUAACCUCAUUGCCCACCACCGAGCCCACACUGGAGAGAAGCCCUUCAGCUGCGUUGACUGUGGCAAAAGCUUCACACGGCGCUCAGAGCUCGUUAUCCACCACCGAACCCACACUGGAGAGAAGCCCUGCAGCUGUGUUGACUGUGGCAAGAGCUUCACGCAGAGCUCACAGCUCACUGUCCACCGCCGAACCCACACUGGUGAGAAGCCCUUCAGCUGUGCUGACUGUGGCAAGAACUUCACACAGCACUGCAGCCUUGUUGCCCACCGCCGAAUCCACACCGGCGAGAGGCCCUUCAGCUGUGCUGACUGUGGCAAGAACUUUGCAGUGCGCUCACAGCUCAUUGUCCACCGCCGAAUCCACACUGGCGAGAAACCCUUCAGCUGUGCUGACUGUGACAAGAGCUUCACACAGCGUUCGCAGCUCAUUGCCCACCGCCAAAUCCACACGGGCGAGAAGCCUUUCAGCUGUGCUGUCUGUGGCAAGACCUUCACAGUGCGCUCCAGCCUCAUUGUCCACUAUCGAACCCACACUGGUGAGAAGCCCUUCAGCUGUGCUGACUGCGGCAAGAACUUCACAGUGCGCUCACAGCUCGUUGUCCACCGCCGAACACAUACCGGUGAGAAGCCCUUCAGCUGUGCUGACUGUGGCAAGAGCUUCACAGCGCGCUCACAGUUCAUUGUCCACUGCCGAACCCACACCGGUGAGAAGCCCUUCAGCUGUGCUGACUGUGGCAAGAGCUUCACAGUGCGCUCACACCUCAUUAUCCACCACCGAAUUCACACUGGAGAGAGGCCUUUCAGCUGUGCUGACUGUGGUAAGAGUUUCACUUGGAAGUUCACUCUGACCCAGCACCGCAGCGUGCACACCAUUGAGAAGUCCUUCAGCUGCAGGGACUGUGGCAAGAGCUUCAAAACCAGCCACAGCCUCACCAUCCACCGCCGCAUCCAUACUGGAGAGAAGCUGUUCCCCUGUGCAGAGUGCGGCAAGAACUUCACCACGAGCUCAAGUUUCAUCCAGCACAGACUCAUCCACACUGGUGAGAAACCCUACAGCUGUGCUGACUGUGGCAAGAGCUUCACCCAUACCUCUGCCCUCACCCAGCACCGUCGUGUCCACACCGGCGAGAAGCCCUUCACCUGCUCUGACUGUGGCAAGAGCUUUACCCGCAGAGGCAGUCUCACUUCCCACCGCUGUACCCACACUGGUGACCAACCCACGCUGCAGGGGAAGCACAAAUAGACUCACUCCAGGUCUGUUGGGGUAAUUGUGUCCCUCCCCCCACCCAAGAAGGCCUUUCCAGCAGAUUGAACCAAGGUUGCCACUUUUUCACCUGCAUUUCUCAGAGGUUGAGGGCUCCAGCAGGAACAAACACCUGCUCUUCUGAGCACCAAUUAGUGCUGGUGAGAAUAAUUACAGUGCUGAGUCAGCACAGCUGGAGAUGCCAUUGGAGCUGGGCUCAGCUGUGCAGGGAUUUGUCUGGUUCUUCCCCUAUUCUUUGUGUCUCCCUGGGGUAAAACGCCCUCUGCCCGGUGCCCAGUUGUGUCAAUAAAAGCCCAAAGUGACCCAAA